GUCUAGUCAGUUGUAUUGUGGUCGGCGGGCGGUGCGCGUCUAUUUCGUGGCAGUGGAGAUUUUUUGAAAUACCGCCUUUCUCUAUUUGUAUUCCAAUAUGCGGAAAAAGGAUUUUUGUUAACUUUGAUUCUAAGAAGGUUUAGGACUUGUAGAACUUGGUCUAAAUAAAUCAACCGUGAUCUCGUUCGAAUGGAAAGUUCAAUGAUAUUUUGUGUAUCCUGGAUGUUUUGUCGGUUUCUCUCCCGGUGAUCGAUCUUGGAUAUAUCGAUUGGAUUGCGUCAUGACAGACCUGCAUUUAUCGAAGGCAGCGUGAUGCCUCGGGAGCCUAAUCGGGCAUAUCUGUUGGCCGUGUUGCUGCUAUUGGUCGGUCUCCGCAAGGCUGGCUGCUCGACAUCCGCUCCCCGAUAUCCGGUCUGUAAACCGGGUUUCGAAUUUUGGUCGGUCGAGCGUGCCACCUGUUGGCCUUGCACCAGAUGCGCUCCUGAAUUCACUUUGAGUCCCUGCGCCGUUUACAAGGAUGCUAUUUGCGGACCGCUCUCCGCUCUCGAGCUCGACUGGUCUUUCCUCUCGACCAGGAAACGACCGGAAACCGGCCAAAGGAGCCUCGAAGCGGUUACCUCGAAGGUGUUAUGGAGGUUCCCCGACCUGGACCAGCAACAGAUUAGGCAAGAGUCGAAGGAUUUCGCUGACAAUUCACAGCCAGAUAUCCAAUCGAAAACGAAGGACCAGGUAUCGAACGAGUCUUCUUAUCCAAGGAGCGCAGCUACUUCCAAGGAGAGAAUCCUGUGGGACUGGCAAACGGUCGCGCUGAUCCUUGCGGUGUGUGCCUGUAUUCUCUUUUUUCUGGUCGCAGGAUGCUCGGCUUUGGUCUACGCGAGACAGUGGCGUCGGAUGAAGAAAAACUUCGAGCCCGUGGGUCUAGAAGAGAUCUCGGCUCGAUUAAAUUUAAUGGUCAAGGCGGAACUAGCCGAACUGGUUGCCGGCGCACCAAUGAACCCUGGUGAUCCCGAAACAAGGUGCCAGUAUCUCGAGAAACUCUUAGAUCGAAAAAGGGAGACUCCUGUGGUGUCCGAUUGGCCGGAAGUCAGCGGGAACGUUUACAUAGAAGACGGAGAUCCUUCGAAGAAAUUACAAAUCGCUAGAAUUCAUCGGAAUAUCGAGACGAUGUUAAAUCAGAAGAAAAGUUUCAGCGAUUGAUAGAAACGCAAGUGGAAUAUGCGUGAAAGAAACCGCUUUUGAAGAAAGUCGAGUUAAAAUUUUAAUCGAGGACUAUUUUAUAUUUAUAUUCGUAAUUACGACUCGUUAUUCAACGCGGUAGUUGAAAUAAGGAAAUUACGCCGAAAGGUACAAAAUCAUAUUCGACGAUUGUACGCGAGCAAUUUGUAUUAUUUUUUUAAUAAUUUAAUAAUUAUAUCUUUAUAUAUAUUUUGUUAUUUAAGUAGAUACACGAGUAAGGAGAUGGAAGAAAUCGUUGCUCGAAGUCUCGAAGCUCGAACGUGAUCGAGCGACGACCGACUUGCCCCGUUCAAUUAUUUAUUUCUUCUUAGUAGCUUUAAAAGCCGCCAUCUCUGUAUUAUAACUAUGCGAUGUAUGUAUUGAAAAACAAAAUAAAAUGGCAUAAACGUU